GAAACCCGUUAGACCCAAGCAGCCCCCAAAGUCUGAAAUCAAGAAAAAAGGUAUACACACGUAUACAUACAUGAACUAGUAGCAACAUCUGGUAGAACAACCAGAAAGAAUAAAACGCAGCUACUGUGUAGUAUCGUGAUCUCGCGUUUAUUUAAUCUCGAUAAAUGAAUCAAUCUUUCCGGUCUCGAACUCCUUUAUUUAUCGAAAUUUAGCUGUAUAAUUUCUCCGAUAAUUAUUUUUCGAAAUUUCGAAAAGGUAGUGGAGUUAGAGUUGGGGAUCUGGAGGAGAUUAGGGCUAGGAGAUGAAGAAAGUGAUUCCGAGCUGUUCAGUUUGCGAGAACCGGUACAACGAGCAAGAGCGAUGUCCUUUGUUGCUUGAAUGCGGUCAUGCUUACUGUAAGGACUGUUUGUUCAAGAUGUUCUCGGCGUCGACCGAUACGACGCUGCCGUGUCCGCGGUGUCGCCACGUGUCCGUCGUCGGGAACUCGGUGCAGUCGCUGAGGAAGAAUUUCGCGGUGUUGGCGUUAAUUCAGGAGGAUGAUGAUGAGGAUGAGGAUGAUGAGGAUGCGGAGGAGGAGGGGGAGGAUUUGGGGAGUAAUAGGCGGUGUACGACGACGUCGGGUUUGAUUGAGUUAGGGAGUCAUCAGGAUUUGCGGUUGGUGAGUCAGAUUGGGGAGGGGAGGAGGAGUGGUGUGGAGAUGUGGAAUGGGGUUGUUUCCGGGGGGAAUUGUAGGCAUAAUGUUGCGGUGAAGAAGGUUGUGAUUGGGGAGGAUAUGGAUUUGGUUUGGGUGCAAACGCAGCUCGAGAGUUUGAGGAGGGCGUCUAUGUGGUGUAGAAAUGUUUGUGCUUUUCAUGGAUUGAUUAAAAAUCAGGGGUGUUUGAAUCUUUUGAUGGAUAAGUGUAAUGCUUCUGUUCUUUCCGAGAUGCAAAGAAAUGGGGGCAGACUUACUCUCGAGCAAAUCUUGAGAUAUGGGGCAGACAUUGCUCGUGGUGUGGCUGAACUUCAUGCAGCAGGAGUUGUUUGUAUGAAUAUAAAGCCAUCGAACCUUCUUUUAGAUGCAAAUGCUCGUACUGUGGUUUCUGAUUAUGGACUUCCAUUAAUUUUAAAGAAAUCCACCUGUCGGAAAGCUCGGUCUGAAUGUGAUUCCUCCAGAAUACACUCAUGUAUGGAUUGUACCCUUCUGAGUCCGAACUACACUGCUCCAGAGGCAUGGGAGCCAGCUAAAAAGUCCUUAAAUCUGUUUUGGGAUGAUGCUAUUGGCAUAUCAGCAGAAUCUGAUGCCUGGAGCUUCGGUUGUACCCUGGUGGAAAUGUGUACUGGUUCUGUUCCGUGGGCUGGCUUAAGUGCAGAAGAAAUUUAUCGAGCCGUUGUCAAGGCCCGUAGACAACCUCCUCAAUAUGCAAGCGUAGUUGGUGUUGGCAUACCAAGGGAAUUGUGGAAGAUGAUCGGUGAAUGUCUGCAGUUCAAGGCAUCUAGAAGGCCAACGUUUAAUGCAAUGUUAGCUAUAUUUCUUAGGCACCUGCAAGAGAUACCUCGCAGUCCUCCUGCAAGCCCUGACAAUGAUGUAGCCAAUUUUCUUGAAACGAAUGGCACGGAACAAUCUUUACCUGAGAUGGAAACACCCCAGGAUGAGUCAUGCCACUUGCACCAGCUAGUCUCUGAAGGCAAUUUGUCUGGUGUUAGGGAUUUGCUUGCUAAGAUUGCAUCGAGAUCUGGUACUAAGUCAUUAUCUACUCUGUUAGAAGCACAGGAUGCUGAUGGGCAAACUGCUCUUCACCUGGCUUGUAGACGUGGUAGUUCAGGUCUUGUGAAUGCCAUUUUGGAGUACGAAGAGGCCUAUGUUGAUGUUUUAGACAAAGAUGGUGAUCCCCCACUUGUAUUUGCUUUAGCAGCUGGAUCUCCAGAAUGUGUUCGUGCCCUUAUAGAGAGAGAUGCCAAUGUCAGAUCUAGGUUGCGAGAUGGCUUUGGUCCGUCAGUUGCACAUGUCUGUGCCUACCAUGGCCAACCAGAUUGCAUGCGAGAGUUGUUGUUGGCCGGUGCGGAUCCAAAUGCAGUGGACGAUGAAGGUGAAUCAGUGCUACAUAGAGCAGUUACUAAGAAAUACACUGCUUGUGCUAUAGUGAUAUUGGAAUGUGGAGGUUGCAAGUCCAUGGGAAUUACAAAUUCAAAGAAUUUGACACCUCUACAUUUAUGUGUAUCAACAUGGAAUGUUGCUGUUGUCAAGAGAUGGGUGGAAUUAGCAUCAGCAGAAGAGAUUGCGGAUGCCAUUGACAUAGAGAGUCCUCUUGGUACCUCAUUGUGCAUGGCAGCAGCCUUAAAGAAGGAUCAUGAAGUUGAGGGGAGAGAAAUAGUACGUAUACUGCUUGCUGCUGGAGCAGAUCCUACUGCACAAGACAACCAGCACGGACGCACAGCAUUGCACACUGCUGCUAUGUCUAAUGAUGUUGAGCUAGUUAAGAUCAUUCUAGAUGCUGGAGUUGAUGUAAAUUUAAGGAAUGUGCACAACACUAUUCCUCUUCAUGUGGCAUUAGCCAGAGGAGCAAAAUCAUGUGUUGGACUGCUUUUGUCUGCCGGUGCAAAUUGCAAUCUCCAGGAUGAUGAAGGCGACAAUGCUUUUCAUAUAGCUGCUGAUUCAGCAAAGAUGAUCCGGGAAAAUCUUGAAUGGAUCAUUGUGAUGCUUAGGUAUCCAGAUGCUGCAGUUGAAGUGAGAAAUCACAGUGGCAAGACUUUGCGUGACUUUUUGGAGGCCCUUCCUCGAGAAUGGAUUUCUGAAGAUCUAAUGGAGGCACUUGUAAGUAAGGGAGUUCAUCUAUUUCCUACCAUAUAUCAAGUGGGAGACUGGGUCAAAUUCAGAAGAAGUGUUCUUAAUCCAACUUAUGGGUGGCAAGGUGCUAAUCACAAAAGUGUAGGCUUUGUUCAAAGUGUUCCAGAUAAAGACAAUCUCAUGGUUUCGUUUUGUUCUGGAGAAGCUCGAGUACUUGCAAAUGAAGUUAUAAAAGUAAUUCCAUUAGAUAGGGGACAGCAUGUUCAACUUAAAGCAGAUGUUGAAGAGCCAAGAUUUGGUUUCCGUGGUCAAUCACGUGAAAGCAUUGGAACAGUUCUGUGUGUUGAUGAUGAUGGGAUACUACGUGUCGGUUUUCCUGGAGCUUCUAGAGGAUGGAAAGCUGAUCCCGCAGAAAUGGUUAGAGUUGAAGAAUUUAAGGUUGGGGACUGGGUUCGAAUUCGCCCCUCCCUUACUACAGCUAAGCAUGGAUUCGGAUCUGUAACACCUGGAAGCAUCGGUAUAGUUUAUUGUAUCAGACCAGAUAAUAGUUUGUUAUUGGAAUUGAGUUAUCUUAAUAAUCCAUGGCAUUGCGAACCAGAAGAAGUUGAACAUGUGGAACCAUUCAGGAUGGGUGACCGUGUAUGUGUAAAGCGCUCUGUUGCAGAGCCUAGAUAUGCUUGGGGAGGUGAAACACAUCACAGUGUAGGACGGAUUAGUGAGAUAGAGAAUGAUGGUCUCCUUAUAAUUGACAUACCAAAUCGACCCAUACAAUGGCAGGCUGAUCCCUCUGACAUGGAAAAAGUUGACGAUUUCAAGGUUGGUGACUGGGUUAGAGUGAAAGCUUCUGUUUCAUCUCCUAAAUAUGGUUGGGAGGAUAUCACAAGAAGUAGCAUUGGGGUGAUCCACAGUUUGGAGGAGGAUGGCGAUAUAGGUAUUGCCUUCUGUUUCAGAAGCAAACCUUUUAGUUGCUCUGUGACAGAUGUUGAGAAGCUUCCACCUUUUGAUGUGGGACAAGAGAUUCACAUAAUGCCAUCCGUUACUCAGCCUCGGCUGGGAUGGUCAAAUGAAACUCCUGCUUCAAUUGGAAAAAUAUCAAGAAUUGACAUGGAUGGUACUUUAAAUGUUAAAAUAGCAGGAAGACAUAGUUUGUGGAGAGUUUCUCCUGGAGAUGCAGAAAAGCUGUCGGGAUUUGAAGUUGGAGACUGGGUACGGUCCAAGCCUAGUUUGGGUACUAGACCUAGUUAUGACUGGAACAGUAUUGGGAAAGAAAGUUUAGCAGUUGUCCAUAGCGUACCUGAUACUGGUUAUCUGGAGUUAGCAUGCUGUUUCCGGAAAGGAAAGUGGAUUACUCAUUACAUGGAUGUUGAAAAAGUUUCAGGAUUUAGAAUUGGACAAUAUGUCAAGUUUCGAGAUGGACUAGCUGAGCCAAGGUGGGGUUGGAGAGGGGCACAGCAGGAUUCCAGAGGUGUUAUAACUAGUGUCAAUGCUGACGGAGAAGUGAGGGUAUCCUUUUUUGGAUUGCCGGGUUUGUGGAGAGGGGAUCCUGUAGAUCUUGAGAUAGAGCAGAUAUUUGAAGUGGGAGAGUGGGUGAAAUUGAGCGAAUCUGCUAGUAGUUGGAAAUCUGUCGGGCCAGGUAGCAUUGGUGUCGUACAAGGGAUUGGUUACGAAACAGAUCAGUGGGAUGGAACAAUUUUUGUAGGAUUUUGCGGGGAGCAGGAUCAGUGGAAAGGACCCAUCACUCAUCUUCAAAGAGUAGAUAAGCUCAGAAUUGGCAAUCAAGUCAAAGUAAAUCUUACUGUUAGACAGCCAAGAUUUGGAUGGUCGGGACACAGUCAUACCAGUAUUGGAUCCAUAUCAGCGAUUGAUGCAGACGGAAAGUUAAGGAUAUAUACACCCUAUGGCUCAAAAGCCUGGAUGCUUGAUCCAUCUGAAGUGGUGCUGGUAGAAGAUGAGGAACUUCACAUUGGGGACUGGGUCAAAGUUAAAGCAUCAGUUUCGACUCCAACUCAUCAAUGGGGUGACGUGACUCAUACCAGCAUUGGAGUUGUCCACCGCAUAGAAGAUAGUGAUCUGUGGGUGGCUUUUUGUUUUAGGGAGAAGCUUUGGAUUUGCAAGGCCUCUGAGAUGGAAAGGGUCAGACCUUUUGUAGUGGGGGACAUGGUAAAGAUUAGAGAAGGGCUCGUUGCACCACGGUGGGGAUGGGGGAUGGAAACACAUGCAAGCAAAGGCCAAGUUGUUGGGGUAGAUGCAAAUGGGAAGUUGAGAAUUAAAUUUCAAUGGAGAGAGGGUAAACCAUGGACCGGCGAUCCUGCUGAUAUUGCUCUCGAUGAAACGUAUCCUCCUGCCCAACCAACGCUUAAGUAAAAUAUUAAUGUAUUAGGGUCUGCAUGUUGUUGUCUUGUAUCUUUAUCAAAGGGUUACAUAUUCUGAAUACAAAAGAGAAGGGCAUGGUCAUGGAGAAAGAUGCACAGAUUGUCAGCAUUUCUCUCACGAAAGAACUGCAGAGGCAAGCAGCCCAGCAGCCAGGAUAUGUAGUUGACAGGUGACAUUGUCUCGCAUACAGAUAAUGCUUUAAAGCUGAUAUAGGUCUUGAGUACAUAGUUAACCCAUGCUUUUAGUAUCCUACUUUGUACAUCUUGUGAGUUUAUUUAUAACAUUACUUGUCAGGGGUUUUAAACCCCCCACCCCAACAACCAACCCCAAAAGCCAUUGUUCAGUGUCAAGAUUGUUUAGUAAUUAACCAAAUAGAAUUGGUUUAAUUUCUGUACAGAGAUUUUCGAUCAAUAAAUAGAUACUAAGUUUGUGGUGUUA